UACAUUCUAAUUCUAACUCAAAGUCUAAACAUAGAUUAAAUUCUCAUCUCAUAUACACUAAACUUCGGUUUCAAAUCCUGCAAAAAUGGCAACUAAUGAGCCAAAGUUCCCACCUCAGAGUCAGAAAACUCAACCAGGAAAAGAACAUGUAAUGAAACCACUACCACAAAGCAUAAAUCCUCACCACAAGCCCUCCAAUAAACUAAGGGGAAAGGUGGCGUUGGUGACAGGAGGUGACUCAGGUAUUGGAAGAGCUGUGUCUUUGAUAUUUGCACAAGAAGGUGCAACAGUGGCCUUUACAUACGUGAAGGGUCAUGAGGAGAUUGACAAGGAUGAAACAUUGAAGUUGUUGCUAGAAGCCAAGACAAUUGAUGCACAAGAACCAUUGGCAAUUGCUGCUGAUAUUGGAUAUGAUGAAAACUGCAAACAAGUGGUUGAUCUUGUUGUCCAAGAAUAUGGACACAUUGAUAUUCUUGUCAACAAUGCAGCUGAACAGCAUCUCAAAAACUCAGUUGAGGAAAUCACUGAGGAACAGCUUGAAAGAGUCUUCAGGACCAAUAUCUUUUCACACUUCUUCUUGGUCAGGCAUGCUUUAAAGCAUAUGAAAGAAGGAAGUUCAAUCAUAAACUCAACUUCAGUGAAUGCUUAUACUGGAAAAGCAGAAACACUGGACUACACUUCGACAAAGGGAGCCAUAGUUGCAUUCACUAGAGGUCUUGCUCAGCAGCUGGUGAAGAAAGGAAUAAGAGUGAAUGCUGUUGCUCCAGGUCCAGUUUGGACGCCGGUUCAACCAGCUAGCAUGCCUGGUGAGAUGAUACAGGAUUUGGGGUCAGAUGUGCCAAUGAAACGAGCAGCUCAGCCUAGUGAGAUUGCACCUUGUUAUUUGUUCUUGGCUUCCCUUCAAGACUCUUCAUACUAUACUGGCCAAGUUCUCCAUCCAAAUGGUGGGCUGAUUGUGAAUGCUUAAAUACUAGGGUGGUGUUGUAUUUGGUAUUAGAAGGGUGUUUGUUGUUGUUGGGCUUUGGGUUAUGUUAUGAUGUUUUGUUCAAUAAGCUGUCCAUGUUGGACUAUAUGAUCAACUGUAAUUUGGAUAUAUGUAUAUUUUGAGUUAAUUAAAAUACUUCAUGUA